AUGAGACUAGAUAUGUUUGUGCUUAAGCCCACCCUUAGUAAAAUUGCAGGAUGUAAGUCAACAUUGGCGGCCAGCAUGUUCUGUUACGUUGUGUUUAUUGCAGCUAAUAUGUAUGCAGUAUGGGGAACAAUGAUACCAGCUUCUAUAAUCAUAGGUACCGGAGCUGCAACACUGUGGGCUGCUAAGUGCACAUACCUCACUAGUAUUGGUGCCUGGUAUGCUAAAAUUACCAAUUCAUCUACAGCAGGAACCAUUAGUGUUUUCUUUGGAGUUUUCUAUAUGAUAUUUCAAACAAGUCACGUCUGGGGAAACUUAAUUUCAUCAACAGUAUUCAGUCAAAAGAUUCCAGAGAACUUGAAUAUUUCCGACGAUGUGCUUGAGAAAUGUGGUGCCGCGCACUGUCCGUCUGACUAUCAAAACAACACUAACCUAGAUAGACCCGAUAUGGCAAAGAUCUAUACUGUUUGUGGUAUAUAUAUCGGCUGUGCAUGUUUAGGCAUUGUAACAAUUGUCAUGUACCUAGAUAAUAUAGAUCACGAGACAGACGGUAGUCAAAUGACCACCAAACAGCUUCUAGGGGCAAUGGCUCGGCAUUUUUACAAUUCCAAGUAUCAGAAGCUUUUAAUACCAUUGACCAUCUACAGCGGAGUAGAAGCAGCUUUCUUUGCAGGUGACUAUACCAGGUCAUUCAUCAGUUGUUCUAUGGGAGUAUGGAACGUUGGGUAUGUCAUGAUUGCAUAUGGUGUUGCUGACGCAGCUUGCUCAUUGAUCAUAGGGAGGCUGGUAAAAUACACUGGAUUCCUUCCAUGGUUUAUCUUAGCGUUUAUACUACAUGGAGGUACACUGAUAACUCUGUUGAUGUGGAAGCCGAAUCCUGAUUAUCCCAUUCUGUUCUAUUUGUUUGCAGUAUUGUGGGGUAUAGGAGAUGCCGUCAUACAGACGCUUUUAAAUGCCUUGUAUGGUGACCUAUUUACACAAAAGCCCGAGACGGCUUUUGCCAGCCAUAGACUGUGUGAGUCAGCGGGAUUUAUCUUAGCUUUUGGCUACAGCAGUUAUAUAUGUACAGACAUCAAGAUCUACGUGUGUCUGAGUUUUGUUACUGUAGGAACUUUGUUGUAUUGUGUAGUAGAGGCGAUGCAAAGGAAACAAGCAAAACACAAAAUCAAUACUACUGAGUAUCUGGUUCAGUGAUCAGUAUAUGAGCCGCGCCAUGAGAAAAGCAACAUAGUGGCUUUGCGACCAGCAUGGAUCCA